AGUUUUCUGUAGUCACGGAUAACGCGUGACUCAAACUCGACGAAAGGUCGAAGAGCACUCGAGAUCCUCUCUUCCAUCCUUCGGCUCCCUUUCCUUCGAAUUGAAGAUUCAAUGGCAUAGUAUGUCGUACUACUCUGACUUGUCAGCUGACAGCAGCAGCGGGGAUGAUGAAAGUGACAACGAUUUCCACUUGGGAAUGCCAAAGGAACGACAAGAACAACAAAGCUUUUCUACUGCAAAUGAUACUACUAGUAGAAUGAAGGAGACGCCUUUGAACUCUGUGAUUGUUCAUUUGGACAUUGAUUGUUUCUACUGUCAGUGCGAGCACUUGGAUCGUAAACUCCCACCAUCUCGUCCCUUGGCCAUUGGACAGAAGCACAUUAUUGUGACGAGCAACUAUGCCGCACGAAAAUUAGGUGUCAAGAAACUGCAAGGACGAGAGGAUGCCUACAAAGCGUGUCCCAGUCUCUUGAUUGUCGAAGGCAGCGACCUCGAACGAUAUCGAAGACACGGACGCAAAGUAUAUGACUCUUUUCGAGCUUGUCUCAAGCAGAUGAGUCUAGACUGUGCCGUCAGUCGAGGACGAGGCAUGGAUGAAAUGCAGGCGGAUGUCACCAGUCUCGUCGACACCAUCAUCAGUCGAACUACAUGUAUUAUGGAGGAGACCGAACACGACAACAACCAAGGCAAACCAGUCUACAUUUAUGGAGACCAACAGGAGACAGCAACAUUGACAGAAGAUCAAACUGGAGCAGAAGCUAUUGUGCAGCCCUACUCUUCUCAAUUAGAUGACUGUCAAUCAUUACUUGACGAUACGAGCAGUCGUCGUCAUUGUCAAGAACGACUCCUUAAAGCCGCCUCCAACAUUGGCCGUGUUGUGCGACAAACCAUCUUGAAAGAGACUGGAUUCACUACGUCACUGGGAUUCUCCAUCAAUCCACUCUUGGCCAAACUGGCAUCCGAUUUACACAAACCACAAUCCGUCAAUGUCUUGUAUCCAUGGAGAUCGUCGCAAUUGAUAUUGUCCAUGCCCUUGAGGAAAAUUCCAGAUGCCGGAUACAAAACGCUCAAAUUGCUCCAUCCUGCCUUGGAACGGUUCCAUGGGACAACAGCCAGUGACAACAACAAUCAAAACAACAAGACAUCGUUUUGGACUUGUCGUGAUCUCUUGGAGUUGCCCCGGUCAGAAGUCACGCGUUGCCUGGAAAAUGAGGAGCAGUGCAACAUGCUUCUCCAACGAUGUCAAGGAGUGGAUACCGUGACAAUUGACGAUGACAAUGGGGAACCACCCAAAACAGUCUCCGUGGAAAACUCGUUUCGUCGCGGUACCGUUACAUCGCCCGAGGCCGUCUGGAAGGGCCUCGAAGAAUUGUAUGUGCGGCUCCCUUGUCUGCUAAAGGAUCGAAGAGAAUGGUCUCAACAGCCGCACAAGGCAUACCCGACAACGCUCAAACUCACGGCACGCGUUGUCGAUCGAAAACUAUUGCUGCAACAACCGAAUCGACGGCGGCGGCCAUUUGUCACCCGCAGCAAGCAAGUGCCCUUUCGGGGACAAGAACUGAUGCAAGAGACCAACCCGGAUCGGCAAAAGAUGCUCGUCCAAAAUGCAGUGCAACCACUGGUACAAUCCUUGGUCUUGAAUCAUAGUACUAAUAACGGGGACUUGAACGUGACGAGACUCAACAUUGCUGUCACAAAGUUCCAAGACAUUGGAGCAGCAGAAACCACAGAGAGGAUGUCUGCAAAGCAACAACAAAAGUCACCGAGGGGGACGCAACAACAACUCGGCAGCUACUCAUUUAGCCAGUGUGCUGGUUCUCAGCAGUUCUCACAGUCUGAGAACGUUUCCAAAACACUACAGAGCAGUAAACACGUGACAAUACCCAACAAGAUGACGACGGCGACAAAACAGCCAAGACCGGUUCCAUCUGUAUCAGCACUGGAGCCUGCCCUGAAGAAACACAAAGCUGGUUCAAAGAACUCGGGCAGCCAUUUGGCUAAUGGCAGUGGGAUUGACCCGGCAACCCUCGCAGAGCUGCCACCCCAAAUGGCGAGGGAGAUUGUAAGAGACUACAACACUGUUGUGCGCAGCAACACCAAUAGACGCAGUACAAAGCCAACAACUACAAAGAAGAAGGCUAAGACAACCCGCAUAGACCAAUUCUUUAAAAGAAGAUGAUUUACACUUUUGUUACAAUACCGUACAUUAGAC